AUGUCUCUUCUCCGUGCCAACUUCCCCGGCUCUGGCGGCGACUUCGCCCCUCUCUUCCGUCUUCUUGAUGACUACGAUGACCACCGCUCUUCCCGCAACCAGUCGGUCACUUCGUUCUCUCCUCGCUUUGACAUCCGUGAGAGUGAAGACGCAUACCAUUUCGAUGGUGAACUGCCUGGCAUCUCUCAGAAGGACAUCGACAUUGAGUUCUCCGACCCCCAGACUCUGGUUGUCAAGGGUCACACUGAACGCGAGUACCAAACCUCCGAGCCAGAAGGCAAGGCCAAAGAGGGCGCGAAGAAAUCCGACGAUGGCAAGCCCACUCACCGGUUCUGGGCUAGCGAGCGCUCAGUCGGCGAGUUCCAGCGCGUUUUCUCCUUCCCUACCCCUGUCGACCAGCACAACGUCAAGGCCAGUCUGAAGAACGGUAUCCUGGCCAUCCAGGUACCCAAGGUCAGCGCUGCCUCUUCCAAGAAGAUCACCAUUGAGUGA